GGCUUCGCGUCCGAGAGCCUUCGGGAAGCCUCGCGCGGGAGCGACUCGGGAAGAUUUUAGAAUCUAGAAACUGUUCCCCAGGAAGAAACCCAUUAGUUUGGAACUGGAGGAUUCCUUUGCAUCAGAUACUAAAAUGAAAGAACCACUGUUAGAUGGUGAAUGUGACAAGGCAGUGGCACCACAGCUGGGGCUGCUAAAAGAAAUUAAGACAGAACCGGACAAUGCUCACGAGUAUCGUCAAGCCCAACAGUCCAAAACUCAGGAGAGUGGACUGAAAAUAAACACUGUGUUUUCAGAUAGUGCUUCACAGUUAACUGCAGGCCUUCAGCUUUCUCUGGCAUCAUCUGGUGUGAAUAAAAUGCUUCCUUCAGUUUCAACCGCAGCUAUUCAGGUUUCCUGUUCCGGUUGUAAAAAAAUUCUCCAGAAGGGGCAAACUGCUUAUCAGAGGAAAGGCUCUACUCAACUUUUUUGCUCUACACCAUGCAUCAGUGAAUACAAUUCAUCUGCCAGUUCACCAGCUCCUACCAAGAGAACUUGUUCAAACUGCUCAAAAGACAUUUUAAAUCCAAAGGAUAUGAUCAGUAUCCAGCUGGAAGAUACUAGCUCUAGCAAAAAUUUUUGCAGCCUGUCUUGUCUUUCAUCACAUGAAGAAAAAAGAAAACCAUUUGUUACCAUAUGUACUAAUAGCAUUUUGACCAAGUGCAGCAUGUGUCAGAAGAUUGCUGUUAUUCAGUAUGAAGUAAAAUACCAGAAUGUGAAACAUAGUCUCUGCAGUAGUGCCUGCUUUUCGAAGUUUCACUCUGCUAACAGCCUCAUCAUGAACUGUUGCGAGAACUGCGGAGCUUACUGUUACACCAGCUCUAGUGUGUUCCACGUGUUUCAGAUGGAAGGACAGUCUCAGAACUUUAAUAGUUCAAAGAAUAUUAUAGCAUAUAAGCAGAAACCAGCCAAACCACUUACAUCUGUUCCUUGCAAAUCACUGAAGCCCUCAGAUGAAAUGAUCGAGACUACCAAUGACUUGGGGAAGCCAGAGCUUUUCUGCUCUAUUAAUUGUUACUCUGCAUACAAUAAAGCUAAGAUGGAAUCUUCUACAGUAAAUGUUUCCAUGGUGCAUGAUACUUCAACAGAGCUCCUUUCUCCAAAGAGAGAUACAACGCCAGUUAUAAGCAACAUAGUGUCACUGGCAGACACUCAGGUUGCUCUGCCCAUCAUGAACACUGAUGUCUUACAAGAUACAGUUUCUUCAGUAACUGCAGAUGUCAUUGUGGAUCUUUCUAAGAGUUCUUCACCCAGCGAAUCAAGCAGUGGUGUUGCUAAUAGUGGUAUGGAACAGGCAAGCCUUUCGCCAUCUUCAUCAGUACUCAGUCAACAAACAGUUUGUUCCAGUGUAGAAGUACAAAAAGAUAAAGUAUCAAACCAGGAUCCUGCAUACAAUAUGAAAUCUAUGAAAGUAAGUGAUGAACUAUGUCACCUGAAAUUUACAUCCAAAGUACAAAAAGUUAAAGGUAAAUCACGAAGGAUUAAAAAAUCUUGGUGUGCAGAUUUUCAGGAUUUAGAAAACAGUAUUAAAAAAGACACCACAUUCUGUUAUUCAUGCCAGUUGUUCUGCCAGAACUAUUUUAGCUGUGGAAGAAAGUCAUUUGCAACUUCUAAUUGGAAAAAAGCUCUGGAAAAAUUCAGAAAACACGAAAAAAGUGAAAUGCAUUUGAAGUCAUUGAAAUUUUGGAGGGAAUAUCAGUUUUGUGAUAUAACUGUUGAUGAUAAUUUAUCUAUUCAUUCAAAACAGAUUGAGGGAAAUAAAAAGUACUUAAAGCUUAUAAUUGAAAAUAUUUUAUUUCUUGGAAAGCAGUGUUUACCCUUAAGAGGAAAGGACCAGUCUAUUUCAUAUGUGAAUAAAGGCAAUUUUUUAGAAUUGUUAGAAAUCAGAGCAAAAGAUAAAGGAGAAGAAAUAUUUCGACUUAUGAAUUCACAAGUUGACUUCUAUAAUAGUACACAAAUUCAAAGUGAUAUUAUUGAAAUAAUAAAGACUGAAAUGUUACAGGAUAUUGUGAAUGAGAUCAAUGAUUCCUCAGCUUUUUCAAUAAUAUGUGAUGAAAUAGCUGAUAGAGCCACUAAAGAACAACUUUCAGUUUGUGUAAGAUACCCACAAAAAUCACCAAAAGCUGUCAUAAUUAAAGAAAGGUUCUUGGGUUUUGUUGAUGUUGAAGAGAUGACCGGGACUCACUUACAUAGGACUAUCAAAGCUUACCUGCAGCGAAUUGGAGUAGAUUUGAAUAAGAUACGUGGCCAGGCCUAUGACAGCACCACUAAUUUGAGGGCAAAAUUUAAUAAAAUUGCAGCAGAAUUCAAGAAGGAAGAACCAAGAGCUUUAUACAUACAUUGUUAUGCACACUUUUUGGAUUUAGCAGUAAUUAGGUUUUGUAAAGACGUGAAAGAACUCCGAGGUACUCUAAACACCCUCAGUUCUUUGUUCAACACUAUUCAUAUGUCUGGAGAGAUGUUGGCAGAUUUUCGAAACAUUUGUAAGCUAAGUCAAAACAAAACAUGCAAGAAACAUAUAUCACAAUCCUGUUGGACGGUCCAUGAGCGUACAUUACUAUCUGUGAUUGACAGUCUUCCAGAGAUUAUUGAAGCAUUGGAAGUUAUAUCAAGCCAUUCUUCAGACACAAGUUUGGCUGAUGAAUUGAGUGAUUUGCUGAGAUUGAUUUCCAGAUUUGAAUUUGUCUUUUGUUUGAAAUUUCUUUAUCGAGUGCUGAGUGUUACAGGAAUUCUUUCCAAAGAGCUUCAAAGUAAAAGCAUAGACAUUUUUUCUUUACCUUCGAAAAUAGAAGCAAUUUUGGAAUGUUUAUCAUCUGAAAGAAAUGAUAUAUAUUUCAAAACUAUCUGGGAUGAAGCAGAGGAAAUAUGUCAAAAAAUAACCUGCAAAGGUUUUGAAGUUGAAAAACCCUCUCUUCAGAAAAGAAGAAAAAUUCAGAAAACAAUGGAUCUUGGUAAUUCAGAUACUAUGUUUCUUCCUACUUCAGCAGAAGAACAAUAUAAAGUUAAUAUUUAUUACCAAGGAUUGGAUACUGUAUUAAAAAAUUUAAAAUUAUGUUUUUCAGAGUUUGAUUAUUACAAAAUAAAGCAAAUUUCAGAACUGUUAUUUAAAUGGGAUGAACCAUUAAAUGAAACAAUAGCCAAACAUGUUCAAGAAUUUUAUAAAUUUGAUGCAGACAUUAUCCCAGAACUUAGAUUUUAUCACCAUUAUGCAAAAUUCAACUUUGUUAUAGAUAGUGAUUGCAUCGACUUCAUCAGUCUUGGCUAUUUAUUUAUUCAGCAUGGUCUUCCCAAUAAUAUUCCUUGCAUCACAGAGCUGUUAUUUAUUGCUUUGUCUUGGCCAAUUACUUCAGCAAGUACUGAAAACUCAUUUUCUGUACUGCCUCAUCUUAAAACAUAUUUAUGUCAUACCAUGGGACAAGAGAAGCUUAGUGGCCUGGCCCUAAUGGCUGUUGAGCAGGAAUUGGUAAAUAAACUAAUGGAGCCUGAAAGACUCAAUGGGAUUGUGGAAAAGUUUAUCAGUCAGAUCAAAGACAUAUAAUACGUUCAUUUGAACUUCCCUAAAAGAAGUUUUAGGUACUUCUGUUGGAACGUUAGUUUUUAUUUCAAAAUUAUGGUUCAGAAUUCAAAAGCCAGAAUGAUAAUACAGUGAAAAGUCUCCUAACCUCCUUUAGAACUCAGUUCCUCCUGCCUGAAGUGUUAUCUGUUCCUUAAAUAUCUUUCUAGAGAUACUUCUCACAAGUGGUACUGUACAGUGCACAUUGUUCUUCAGCUUGUCUUUCCCACAUAAUGUGUUUUUCAGAUUGUCCCAUAUCACUGCAUAGAGUUUCUUGGUUCUUUUUCUGCAACUACAGAUUCCAUUGUAUGAAUGUACCAUAAUAUAUUUGAGCAACCCCUACUGACAUUUUCAUUUUUUCUAAUCUUUUGCUAUUAUAAAUAAUGCUUCAUUUCAUAACCUUGUUCAUAGGUCAUAGUGCACAUGAGUGAGUUAAUGUAAGAUAAAACCUAAAAUUAGAAUUACUAGGGCAGAAGAUUGUACAUUUUUAUUUUUGAUAGAGUUUGGUAAAUUGCUUUAUGUAAAGAUUGUGCCAAUUUACAAUCCCACUGACAAUACAUGAGGUUGCCUGUUUCCUUCAAUUUUUGUAAACAGUGUUAU